UCCCCUGGAUGACUAUGCCAAUUGUUCUGUGAAUGGGGUUCAUGUUUAGGUCAGAGCCCUAACAUGGCCCUGUCCUCUGUCUUGGUAUACAGAUCCAUCUGUAAUGAGGGUGUCUUAGAUCUGGGACCAUGACAAUUAUAUAUGCUACUGUAUCUGCAGGUGCUAUAGCCCUCCACCUCUGUGGGUUUGUCAAGAGAGACCCACAUAGGUCAUAAGCUUUCCCAUGUUGUUCAGAAUCUGUUAAGAGUUUGUUUCUCAUGAAUGUCUGCCUCUUCCUUCCUGUCUUCUGUGGCCCAGUGUCUGGAGUUCAGUCAGCCUUACUUUUCUGAGGGGCAUUGCUCUGUAAUUUUCUCUGGAAUGACCCUUUUGGCUUUUUCUGGAGAUAGGGCAAGUGUCAGUGUAUGACCUCUCUGUUUUGUAUGUAUGAGUGCUUUUCUGCACAUGUGUGUCUGCACAUCAUACAUGCAAAGCUUGUAGGGAAGGUAGAAGACAUUGUUAGACCCCGGAGCUGGAGUUGAGCAGAUGGUUGUUGGCUGCUCUGUGGGUGCUGGGAACUGAAUCCUGGGUCCUCUGCGAGAGCUGCAGGUGCUCUAAAGCACUGAGCUGUUUCCUCCUUGCCUAUGCUCCCUCCCACAGUGUUUGUGUUUGUUUUUUGACCUGACUCACUUCUCCCUGUGGCUUUGUGUGCUUUAAUGUUUCAGUGCCUCUAGAAGGCUCUGAACCAAUAUCCAGGACUCACUCAUGUAGGGCCUUUUCUUCUUGGACUGAAAGCUAGUAUCUCCCAAACACGUCUCUAGCUAUAGUUUUCCUGAAUGUUCCUUGACACCCUUCUUGUGUCUGCAAUGGCCCUCUUCAGUAGGCUCCACCUAGACACUUGCUGUUUUCUGCAUAUCUGAUGCCCAGCCAUCCAAGGCCAUGACUGGCUGGGAGUCUUCGGCUUGGUUUCUGUUGCAUGCAUACCCUCUCCAUCCCCUUUAGUGUCUUUGUCCAAGUCGUGCCUUGUCUUUUCUGUUGCUGUGACAGAAUACCAUGACCAAGGCAACUUAUAAAAAACAAAACAGCAUUUUAUUUCGGGAACUCAGCGUUCCAAAGUGUUAGACCUUGACCAUCGAGGCAAGGAGCACGGCAGGCGGGCAGGCAGGCACUGGAGCAGUAGCCAGGGGCUUCCAUCUCGUCCACCAGCAUGGGGCAGAGCAAGAGCUAACCGGAAAGGACAGAAGCUCUUGAGGUCUCAAGGCCUCCUCCCAGUGGCACACCUGUCCAACAAGGCCAGACCUUUCCAAACAGUUCUACCAAGUGGGGACCAAGCUUUCCUAUAUAUGAGUGGGGCAUAGGGGAUCCUUUUUCUAAUCAACCUUUAGCUUGGGUGUGAUAUACAGGGCCAGCCUGGUGCUGCCCCCUUUCCCUGUGGCUCUAAGGAGCCUGACCAGGUCACCCUCAGUGCUUUGGUUGUACCUCUUGCCCCACUUCUUCUCUGUCUUCACUGACAAAGAACAGUCCCUUCGUGUUAGGAUUUCAUCUUUCUGGAAAUGGCAGGUCAGGCUGCUUAUCCAUGCUUGUAUUCCUGAUGCUGGCCUCCUCGAGAUCCCUUUUCCUCAUCUAUGAUUGCCUGUCUGUCCUACACUCAGAGGUAGGUUACGUCCCUGAACUCUUUGCUGCCUCUCUACCUAGAGGCUCAUGAGGAAUGCUAACUUCCAGAGUAGAGCACUCGGCCAGCUCUUGGUUUUAUUCCUUUCUUUCCCAUGGGGGAUGCCAGUGGGGGUUUCAACUUUUUAGGCCAAAAUCUGGGCUGAUUCUAGACUCUGACUCUUACCUGUAAUGAAUUUCUGUUUAGCCUAUGCUCAUCCCUUCUCUGUCCUGUUCUAGUCCACAUCUUGUCUUGUACUUCAUUGUUAGUCCUUUCUUUCAUCCUGGACUUCUUCAAAUAACAACCAAGUCAUCUCCAUAUGGUUACCACAUCAUGACCUGCCCUAUCCCUUGACCUUACUCUGCCCUGACACACAAGCCCUUAGAUGGCAGCUCUGUCUGUGUUACUCACAUACUCCUACUCAGGGCCUCUGUAUGCUUCAUGACCUGCCCAGCCUGCUCCCAUGCCUCUGCUGACCACAGUCUGCAUAGUUUUUCUCCCCUAGCAGCCCCUUUGCAUCCCUGCUGGGGCUCUCUGUACAUCUACUGCCUGCCCUAUUUGCUUGCUUCCUCUGCUUGCCUUUACUGACAUAUCAGCCAAGGGAAGUGCUGCUUUGUAUCCUUGCUGCUGUGGCAGGACUUUGUGAGUAGUGAGAAAAUACCAGCUCUCCCGAGCUCCUUUCAAGUUUCCCAUUAACGAGAAGGGGCUGUGUGUGGUUCCCUAGUGCAGUGGUUCUCAACUUAAACGUCACAGCCACUUUCACAGGAGUCACAUAUCAGAUAUUUACAUUACAAUUCAUAACAGUAGCAAAAUCCUAGUUAUUUGUAACAAGGAAGUGAUUUUGUGGCUGGGGUCCCCAUAGCACAAGGAACUGUAUUAAAGGGUCACAGCGUGAGGAAGGUUGAGAGCAUCUGCUCUAGAGCCGUCCAGCCUUGGCCUCUUCUCUUCCUAGGCCUACCAGGACCUUGCAGCUUAGAUCCUUGGUAAUUGUCCACAUUGGGGAAGGUCCCUUCUUGCUCUCUGUCUUCUCACUGAUUAAUAGACCUGCACCACCCCAUAGCACCCAGGUUACAUCAUUUCUACACAGCAUGGCUGCUGUCUGCUCUUCUUUCAGAGCCAUAAGUCUGCAGCCAUGCUUCCUCCCAACUGCUGGCCUCAGUUGUGCUGUUGGUUAGAUUUCUGGGCUGUCAGCUCACAGUGAGGCGUUGGAAGAGAAGCUGCUCAUCAGUGAGCUGGACCGGCCUCCAUACUGGAAACUGGCUGUAUUCGACACAUGGAGCUCCCUGGCUGUUCACAUAGCAAUGGACAACACUGUGGUGAUGGAGGAAAUCAGAAGAUUGUGCAGGGCCAGCCUUCCCUGUGCCGGGGCCGCUGCACUAUCCAUGGAGUCAGAGAGGCACUGUAACGGGCUCCCUGCUGGAGCUGAAGUCACCAACAGGCCCUUGGCCUGGAGACCAUUAGUGCUUCUCAUCCCUCUUCGCCUGGGACUGACAGACAUCAAUGAGGCCUAUGUGGAGACGCUGAAGCACUGUUUCAUGAUGCCCCAGUCCCUGGGUGUUAUUGGAGGGAAGCCCAACAGUGCCCACUACUUUAUUGGCUACGUUGGUGAGGAGCUCAUCUAUCUGGAUCCCCAUACUACACAGCCUGCAGUGGAGCUGACAGACAGCUGCUUUAUCCCCGACGAGAGCUUCCACUGCCAACACCCUCCCUGUCGGAUGGGCAUUGGGGAGCUUGACCCAUCCAUUGCCGUGGGGUUUUUCUGUAAGACCGAGGAAGACUUUAAUGACUGGUGCCAGCAAGUCAAAAAGCUGUCCCAGCUUGGAGGUGCCCUGCCCAUGUUUGAGUUGGUGGAACAGCAGCCUUCCCAUCUGGCCUGCCAGGAUGUCCUGAACCUGUCCCUAGAUUCUUCUGAUGUAGAGAGACUGGAGAGGUUCUUUGACUCUGAGGAUGAAGACUUUGAAAUCUUAUCCCUCUGAAAAUCCUGGGGUUGGGGGAUGGCCUCCAUGGCCCUCAUUGGGGUGCGUUGAGAACCCAGACCUGCCUUGGGCACUCAGUGUCACCGCAUUCCAUCCACCCAGCCCACCCUGCUGAGUGCUGUCCGCCUGUGCCACCUCUGUCCCGAGGGCCUGCUCUGCUCAUGGACCAAGGACUGUGGUGCCUGGAGGCCUUACUGCUUGGAGUCAGACUGCCUAAGCCCAAACACACAAGGGCCUGUCCACAUGAAGGCGCUCACCAGAAGGCCUAGUCAGGAAGAGCAGUGGGUCGGGAGCGCCCAGCAUUCUCCACUCGACACUGCCAGCCCUGGUCAGCGCAUCAGCUUGGUUCUGCUUUCUCCUGGGCACCUGGGUCUGUGGUUUAUUUGGAAUUAAAGCCCUGUUUGAAGUUGUUUAACAAAGACAUGAAUUUCUGGGGCACUUCCCAGGUCAGUCUUAGAAGAUCUGCAGGUUGGCGUGUACAGAGUGACAGCCACAUCAUGGCCUCAUAACUGCUGGGCAGGGUGAGCUUUUGUGCUGUCUCCUCUGCCCAGUGUGAUUAUCAAGGGCUACCUCAGUGGGAAAGCAUAUGGAGAGAAUCCCAGCAAGGCUGCUAUUUGCUUUGGAGAAAAAGUAUUCUUGUGGGGCAUUUGGAAAAUCCAAAGAUACCAGUGUGCAUGGGCACAAUAUGGACACCUGAACCUUGGAGCAGCUGACAAGUUUCUAGUGCUUCUGGAGUUGUGGUCUUGAGGUUCUCCAUUAGGCCCUCACUAGGGAAGAGCUAUGUCUCCUAUAUGGGGUUGAUGGGUUUCAUGACACGCUGCCUGCUGCUGUUAGCUUGCCACCCAGCUUCCCUCUGGGAGGAAAGGGAGGGGGGGAGCAGAGCUGUUCUUUGCUUGUGACACUGUGCCCACUGGUAGUAGGGCACACACUGCUAUUUGAGCCUUCCUCCAUGUUCUUUCCCUUCUCAGAAACCCUCCUGGGACAUAGGAAAUUUUAGAUGGUUUGGGGCCAACAAGGUAAAAGUACUGCAGCUUUCGGUGCAGAGUAGACAUUUAGACAGAGCAGGUAGCUCCAGGCACCAGUGGGUGAAGAGUUCAGCUCUCCUUGGCACUCAUUUCCAUACCUGCCACCUAACCUUGGCUUCCUGGGCCUUCAAGCUUUGGGUGCUCUAGGUCUGCUGUCUUAGAAAAGCACCUUUCCUCCCCCUAGAUAGGAAACAGGGUAUGGCAUUGUGGGGAGGCCCAUGCAACAAACAGCCUUUGCUAAAAAUCCUCCCCAAGAGCCUGUAGAUGGGUGAGGCUGGAGCUACUCCAGAUACAGCAGCUCUAAGUAGCCCACGAGGUAGCAAGAGAUCCUGCCUAUCAACAUCAGAUAUGUUGAUGACAUAUUUAUUUCAUCUUAUUCCUCUCUCCCGUAUCUUGUCCCUUGACUUCAGAUGGGGUGGGACAGGAAGACUAGGGCAAUUCCCAUUCCUCUGGAGCUUGCUUCCUGGUCCAGGAGCCAUUGUGCUGUUGUCGACUAGGGUCUUGUUGUAACUCCUGCUGUUGGUAGCAAGGGUGGAUGUCUGGAACCCGACAACCUGAAGGACCUCUCAGGGCUCAAGAAAGGCCUCCUGAGGUUGUUCAUUCUUCGUAGUGUAGUUUGCAAUCCUUAACAGUAAAUAAUAAGUUUCAGUAGAAAA